AUGUAUCUGCUCGUGGUUUUUGCAUGGAUCGUUGUCUGUGCUACAGCAUCAAAGAGUACAGUCAGGCAUCUUAUACCUCGCAAUGAUUCCAAGCCUGCGCCGCGAACGGUGGGAUAUUUCGGAAACUGGGACAUUUACGGUUCCACGCCUUACUAUAUCCCAAACAUUCCAGCAAGAAACUUGACACAUCUGAUAUAUUCCUUUGCGAAUGUCAAUUCAACUACUGGGGAGGUAUAUCUGAGCGACACAUGGGCCGACCUCCAAUACCCCUACCCAGGAGACGACCGAUCCGCUAUUGGAAACAAUGUAUACGGCAACAUCAAACAACUAUACCUCUGGAAAAAGCAGCAACGAAACCUGAAAACCAUGCUUUCCAUUGGCGGAGGCACAUAUUCCUCCAAUAUUGUCCCUGUUCUAGCAAAUGACACUCUACGCCAAAAGUUUGCCGAUUCUGCCGUCGCCCUUCUUGCGAAUUUGGGAUUCGAUGGAUUGGACAUUGAUUACGAGUCUGUCAGUGACUCUGUCCAAGCAGAGCAAUUCGUAGACCUUUUGAACAAAACCCGUACUGCCUUGGAUACAUUCGCUGCGAAUAUCAGUGCCUCUCCCUUCUCACUUUCAUUUGCAUCUCCGGGUGGAUCUUCGUUUUAUGGUCUGCUUGACUUCAGUGCCAUGGACAAAUACCUUGAUUUCUGGAACUUCAUGGGUUACGCCUACACCGGAUCCUGGAAUACAUAUUCCGGACACCAGGCAAGUCUCUACAAUUCCACAACAAAUCCCCUCUCAACCCCCGUCGACACUCAUACAGGUAUCUUGUAUUACAUCUCCGAAGGCGUUACACGCAAUAAAAUCAACCUUGGAUGUCCCUUGUACGGAGCCUCAUUCAACAACACCUCCGGCCCGGGCACAGCAUUCGACGGAAUCGGCACAUUGGGCACAAACGGCGCAGCCGGACUAUGGAAUUACAACUCUCUCCCUGUGCCGGGUUUCAAUGCGACGACUUACAAUCUCCCAGAUAUCGGGGCAAGUUAUAGCUACGAUCCUGUUAAGAAGUACAUGAUCAGUUACGACUCCCCAAAAAUUGCAGCCGUCAAGGCACAGUAUGUCCUGGAUAUGGGUCUCGGAGGCACAAUGUGGUGGGAAGUCAGCCAGGAUAGGACCGACGACUCAAGCUUGAUCGGCACCACGGUUGAUACUUAUGGAGGACAAAGUACCCUUGAUCAAACGCUCAAUCAUCUGAAUUAUUCAACGAGUGUAUACGAUAAUUUGAGAGCUGGAUUUCCAGCUGAAUCUGUCGCGAAUAUUACGGCGCCAUCGACUUCGACGACCGCUACUGCGACACCGAGCUGGACUUCUAGUGUGACUUCUUCGCUUAUGGAGCCUAGUACUGUUCCUGGCUGUACGAAGUAUCAUCUUGUCGUUUCGGGAGAUACUUGCCAGAAAAUUGAGUCUGAGUAUGGGAUCACGAACGCUGAGUUUAUGCAAUGGAACCCCUACAGCGGCUCAACAUGCGCAAAUCUCUGGCUUGGAUACUACGUCUGUGUACAAGGCCCGACAACUUCGAUUAGUUCCUCUACUCCAGUGACUACUUCAGCUACGAUAUUGACAACUGCCGCUCCUCCCUCGCCUACAGAGCCACGUACUAUCUCCUCCUGUGCGAGCUACCAUCUCGUCGUGUCGGGGGAUACGUGUUAUUCAAUCGAAAACAAAUACGGCAUUACCCCUCAUGAUUUCUCACAGUGGAAUCCCUACAUCGGCUCGGACUGUAUGAACCUAUGGCUCGGAUUCUACAUCUGUGUCCAAGGACCGACGAGUUCAACUUCCUCGUCUGCUUUUGUGACUUCUUCAGCGAUUGCUGCCAGUUCAUCUACUCCACGAACUAUUCCCACUAAAACCACACCUACACCCACUACGUCUUCAACAGCCCCUCCCUCGCCCACAGAACCGAGAACAAUCUCCACAUGCACAGACUACCACCUCGUCGUUUCGGGGGAUACAUGUUACUCAAUUGAGCAGAAAUACGGGAUAACCGCUAAUCAGUUCAACGAAUGGAAUCCCUAUGUCGGAUCUGAAUGCGGCAGUCUCUGGCUGGCAUUCUAUGUUUGUAUUGGUGCGCCAUCAACGGAUUCGGGGAGCUCGUCGUCUCGAAAGGGGUACCUUGGGUGA